AUGACCUUCCCAAACACAAUCUCAGUUCAGAGUGACGCUCUCAAAGUCAAAGUCCACAUUGAUGAAGACGGAGCAGCCUUUCUACAAGAAGUUGUCCCGGUUCCUGGCUCGACUCGCCCUUCAGCAUCGAAAUACUUCGCAAAUUCGUUCGCUCCGCUUGUAGAAGUGCGUCUCGCAGGCGAAGGCACUGAGAAACAUAAGUCCUCCAAGUCUCUCGUUGGAAGCUAUUUGGGAACGCGGCUGAGAUACCAAUCGCACCACAUCAGCACGCAAGCUGGAACCAAAACUUUAGACGUUGUUCUCGUGGACAAAGCCUCCAGAAUUACCGUCACCUGCCAUCUCAAAGUAUACCAGUGCGUUCCGGUUCUUUCAUCAACAGCCACGAUUCGAAAUGAUAGCGACCAGGACAUUUUGGUAACCCAACUCAGCUCGCUCGUUCUUGGGGGAUUAACAACAGGUUCUGAGAAGUGGUGGUUUAAUUACAAGCUGUCAGUAGCUAACAAUUCAUGGUUCAGAGAGGCGCAAUGGAUCGAGCAUGAUCUACCCAGUCUCGGGAUCGAUGAUUACGGAGUCUACGGCCGCCCGGAAGCACAUGCGGCCAGUCUGGCUCAUUAUACUGUUUCCAACCAUGGAAGCUUCUCAACAGAAGGUCACCUACCCAUGGGUCUGUUGAAGCGGGAUGACAACGCAGAAACGUGGCUUUGGCAGGUGGAGAACAACGGGUCCUGGCGAUGGGAAAUCGGAGACUGGAAAGACAGCGUCUAUGUAGCAGCGGGAGGGCCUGUCGAGGCGGGCCACGACUGGAGAGAAAGGCUCUCUCCGGGACAGGAGUUCACAACAGUACCUGUUUCAAUAUGUCACGUCUUCGACAACUACGAGAAGGCGUUCGCUGAGAUGACGUGGUACCGACGGGAAAUGAGACGGCAACAUGAGGACCACGAGCGAUUGCCGAUCAUCUUCAACGACUACAUGAACUGUCUCAUGGGUGACCCCACGGAUCAGAAGAUCCUGGCUCUCAUUGACCCCGUAGUCGAAGCUGGGGCUGAGUAUUUUGUGAUUGACGCCGGAUGGUACGCCGAUGAUUCGGGAUGGUGGGACGAUGUCGGGCUGUGGGAGCCUUCGAAGAAACGGUUUCCGAUGGGAUUCAAGGAGCUUUUGUCCCAGUUGAAAGCACGAGGUCUAACCCCAGGCCUCUGGAUAGAGCCAGAGGUAGUCGGAGUCCGAAGCGUCGUUGCCCAACAGCUCCCUGAAGACGCUUUCUUCCGACGAGACGGUCACCGCAUUGUCGAAAAGGGGAGAUACCAACUCGACUACCGGCAAAAGGUCGUGAGAGACCAUAUGAGUAACAUCAUCCAUCACCUCGUUACAGCAUAUGGUGUCGGUUACUUCAAGUUCGACUACAACAUCGAAGUCACGCAAGGAACUGACGUCAGUUGUUCCAGCCCUGGAUCUGGUCAAUUAGAGCAUAGCAGGGCCUACCUACGAUGGGUUAGCGAACUGCACGACAAAUACCCCAAGCUUGUUAUCGAAAACUGCUCCAGUGGUGCUCAGCGAAUGGACUACGCCAUGUUAGCCGUACACGCGCUCCAAUCCACCAGUGACCAGCAAGACCCCGAUCGAUAUGCUGCUAUUGCCGCGGCCCUUCCAACGGCCGUGACUCCCGAACAAGGGGCCGUGUGGGCGUAUCCUCAGCCCGAAUGGGAUGACGAAAUCAACGCAAUGACUGUCGUCAACAGUCUACUGGGUCGUAUUCACCUCAGUGGACGACUAGAUCUUCUUCAGCCUCAUCAAUUUGCCUUGGUAAAACAAGGCAUGGACGUCUAUCGAACCAUCCGAUCAGACCUCAAAACAGCCACUGCAUUCUGGCCACUUGAUCUUCCUCAUUGGCAUGAUGAUUGGAUUGCUCUCGGAAUGUCGGCUCGAACCUUUGAAGGGCAAGAUGCAGGGCAUUCUUACAUCUCUGUUUGGAGGCGAGGGGGACCUGAGUCAGUUGAGCUCCCCCUUGUGGCGUUCCGUGGCCGCAAAGCCAGUGUUCAGUUGCUUUACCCGGCUUCCUUCCCCACCGAAGUAUCAUGGGAUAGAUCUGAGGGCUUGCUCAAAGUUCAUAUUCCUUCGAAUAUGGCGGCUCGAUUACUGAAGGUCACUGUGUCUUGA